UCAUGCGGUCAACCUAUGCAGAUUCUUGAACCUUAGAUUUGAUACCGAAAUCGCUGUUUUCGAUCGAUAUUCAAGGACCGAGAACCGGAAGAGAUGUCUCCUUUCCAAAAUGGGAAUGCGAGAACUCACGAGUCACCUGUUUUCGAAAUCGGAGAAGACUCCAAUUUUCUGAGGUUGCUGGACAGGCCUAGACCGGUAAGCGUGGAGAAGAAGAGAUCAUUCGAUGAAAGGUCGUUCAGCGAGUUGUCUUUUUUGGGGAGUCCUAGACCAAGCUUUGACACCAAUCCCAUGGUUUCCGAUGCCUGGGAAACCUUGCGCCGCUCUGUAGUUCACUUUCGUGGCCAGGCUGUUGGAACCCUCGCCGCCGUCGACCAUUCUGUCGAAGAACUUAACUAUGAUCAGGUGUUUGUUAGAGAUUUUGUGCCAAGUGCAUUGGCAUUUUUGAUGAAUGGAGAAUAUGAGAUAGUGAAGAACUUUCUUUUGAAAACACUUCGCCUGCAAUCACUGAAGAAAUUUGUGGACCAAUUCAAGCUAGGAGAAGGGGUCAUGCCGGCGAGCUUCAAAGUGCACCAUGACCCCAUACGAAACUCCGAAACCAUAUCUGCGGAUUUUGGCGAGACUGCAAUCGGAAGAGUGGCUCCGGUUGAUUCUGGAUUCUGGUGGAUCAUAUUGCUUCGUGCUUACACAAAGUCGACCGGGGACUCUUCAGUCUCCGAAAUGCCAGAUUGCCAAAACGGCAUUCGCCUCAUCCUCGCUCUCUGCCUCUCAGAAGGAUUUGAUACUUUCCCUACUCUGCUUUGUGCUGAUGGAUGUUGUAUGAUUGAUCGCAGAAUGGGUGUGUACGGAUAUCCAAUCGAAAUUCAAGCGCUGUUCUUCAUGGCAUUACGAUGCGCUCUGAUUUUGCUCAAGCAAGACAACUGCGGCAAAGAAUUCGUAAACCGCAUAACCGACCGCCUCCACGCCCUGACCUACCACAUGCGCAGCUACUUCUGGCUGGACCUGAAGCAGCUCAACGACAUCUACCGCUACAAGACGGAGGAGUACUCUCAUACGGCAGUGAACAAGUUCAACGUCAUGCCGGAUUCGCUGCCCAGUUGGGUGUUCGAUUUCAUGCCGAGCCACGGCGGUUACUUCAUUGGGAAUGUGAGCCCGGCCAGAAUGGAUUUCCGGUGGUUCUGUUUGGGCAAUUGCAUGGCGAUUUUAUCGUCUUUGGCGACGCCGGAACAGGCAUCGGCGAUCAUGGAUCUCAUUGAAUCGCGGUGGGAUGAGUUGGUCGGAGAAGUGCCGUUGAAGAUUUGCUAUCCAGCAAUAGAAAAUCAUGAGUGGAGGAUUGUUACUGGCUGUGAUCCAAAGAAUACUAGGUGGAGUUACCACAAUGGAGGCUCUUGGCCAGUGCUGCUGUGGCUGUUGACGGCGGCAUGCAUAAAAACGGGGAGGCCCCAAAUAGCGCGACGUGCGAUCGAGCUGGCGGAGAGCCGGUUGUCGAAAGACGGCUGGCCGGAGUACUAUGACGGGAAGCUAGGAAGGUACAUGGGGAAGCAGGCACGGAAGUACCAGACAUGGUCGGUUGCAGGGUACUUGGUGGCAAAGAUGAUGCUGGAAGACCCCUCUCAUUUGGGCAUGGUAGCAUUGGAGGAGGACGAGCAAAUGAAACCCCUAAUUAAAAGAUCUGCUUCAUGGACCUAUUAAAUAUUAUUAUUUUUAAAUAAAUAUUGUUUUUUUGCUGUAUUUAUGCAAAUGUGCGUUAGAAUAUUGUAAGCAAACAGUUUUGGGCGUGUUUAUU